CCCAAAAGCGGGCCUGGUGCCGAGCAUUUUACGCCUGCAUUCGUACUCAGGCUCGUCAGCCUUUUGAAGUUGCCAACCAUAAACUCUCUUCAAUGACAUUCACAGUCUAAUAUCUACUGUAUCCAAACCUCACUCCUACUAUUGUCUCAACAACUGAAUUCUGGAGCUGCAACCCAUGAGAACGAACGAUGCAGUCUAGCGAUUCUAGGGUCGCUCAAGCCACAGUGUACCCUCCGCACUCCGAACGAGGGCGCCACACUUUCGACUUCUCCAAGUCAGCCCUGUCAUCCCACAAUGGCAAAUACAUUGAGCUUGACGACUUCACACCGCCAACGAGUCAAGUUCGCAAUGAUCGAGGACAUGUGACUUCUCCUAAAAAGAGCCGUCGCUCCAUUUAUAUUCCAAACACGUUAUGGACACGUUCCUUUGCUACCGCAGUGGUCCUAGAGACUCUGGCUACAGUUGGGAUCGAAAGUUGGGUAUUUAUUAGCAUGUUGAAUCAGCUUGACAAAAUUGAGAAGGGCAGUGCUACGACGCGCAUUCGGUCCUUCCUUGGUCUCUACAUUUUCGCGCUUCUCUACGAGCUUGCGCUCUCAUACGAUGCUUUACGACGCAAAAACACCUUCCAAGUAGCUGGUCUCUGCAUUUGCAACUUUGGCCUUUUUACUUAUGGUAUCUUGCAAAUGAAAGAAAUUAAGAAAACCGUCACGGAAGCGGUGGCAGACACCACGCGCAGCAACAGCAUUUUGGCGAUGUACCAGAUUGAAUUGAUCCUGGUCCCAGUGUUUCUGGGUCUCGGUACUGCGGUCAUGAUCUUUGUGACUUGGAAGCUUCGUGCAGAAUUCUCCUGGUCAAUCUACAAAGACAUCAGCGCAGAUUUGCGAAUGAAUCAGCGAUAUACAGUCUACCAGGUAAGUGACUCUGCUGGGGCGAACCGAUCUCCCAUGCUAAUUGCCCAGGUCUACAUCGCUCUCCUCAAAUUCGAUUGGUUUUUCAUUUUUGGCACACAGCUCCAGAUCCUCCUUUCUAUCCAAGAUCUUGGGAAUGAGGAAUUUUUGAUCAAUGCGGCCAUGGUUCCCGUUGCCAUAAUAGCCCUAUCUUUAUCGGCCCUUUUUUGUCGGCGAGAGAAAACUAAAUCGCUCCUCUUGAUGACGAUCUUAAUGAUUGCCACCUUGACGAGUAUCAUCAGAACCAUUAUCCAAAUGUACCGCUCGAAUGACAAUAGUGGUCUUAGCUCGUUCAAGACCUCCUUGACUUUAUUUGCUACUAUAGCAACGUUACUGAUCAUUUCAACGCUUGUCAACUCAAUUUGGUGUAUGAUGAACUUUAACAAAGGGUUGAAAGAUUACGUCAAACAACUUCGAGUCGGGAAGCCGAUCUCUAACACAUCAGAGCCUUGGAACCCAGAAGCAAACUCACGCUUUGUAUUGAACUGAAAAGAUUUUAUAUGAAUGAAUGUUAUCUGCAAAUGAAAUACUGUAUUUUGAGUGUUUCCGGGGGUGUAUGACCACCGCUGUCCAUUACUACCCCUGGAUAAUGAAAUAUCGGAUUGAUGAAG